AUAACCUCAAAUUGGCUAGAAUUAAAAUCUUUCUUUCCAAUAUUGUCUUUAAAAAAAAUUUUAAGUGAUUUCUCUUCUUAAUUAAAAUAUCGAAUAUAUAUCAUAAUGUAUUUUUUAUUUGUUUUUAUUCUGACUCGAUUCAUGCAUCAACGUCAUGUAUGCUGUUCGUGUGUUGAAAAAGAUCCACAUGACACUACGCAAAAGGCGAAAGAGUCGCAGGAUACCAGCCACAAAAUCCUAGAAUUGCAGAAGAAAUUAGAUUCUGUAAGAUCGCAAAUUAAGAGAUUAUCUGGAAUAGAAUAUAGUCAAGAAGAGCAGUUACAAAGACUGGAGAUUUCACGCCAGCAGUUGAGACUAAAGCGUGAACUUUUAUUAAAAUAUCGUAAUAUGUGUACAUUUGAAAUACCAAAAAUAUAAAUGUGCACAUUUGUUGUUUGCAAAUAUAUAGAAAAGCAAUCUUAUAUCUUCCAAAAAUGCGUUUUUUCAGAGCUCUGUUUCAUUAUUUCCUAAAUAAUGAAAAUUUGAUUAAUAAAUUGGCAGAAUCCAAACCAAUUAGACAAAGUGCACAGUUUGUAGUGUAUGUACUAAUUAGAACAGGUAUGAUUCACGGAAACCGUACUAUUUCUAGUCCGCGAGACUUUGUUAAACAGUUGCGAGAUAUUGCACAGCAAUUAAAGCAACAGCUGGAAGAGUCAAAAAAUGAAUUUAAGAAAAAUCCACCGAAAUAAUGAGUGUAGAUUAUUAUUAUUUACAUGUAUUUUUGCAAGACCUUAUAUAUAUGUGGUUCUUAUAUUAGAUCUUGUAUAUAGCAAAGAUUACAAUUUGUUAUUUUAGAAAAGCAAAACAUGUAAAAAUUAUUUCUUAAAUAAUGAAACAAAAUUUUCGUUUCUUCAGUUUUAUUGAAUUUUGAAUCACAAUAUUUUAGCAAUAUGUAAAGUCGACGACAAACAAGUGCUCAAUUAUUUUGUAGAAAUUAUGUUUCAAUAUAAUAUAAAAGAAAUGUGUGUCUCUUUCUUCCGCAUUCGGAAGCAUGUAAAUGAUAAUAGUAUUUAUUAAGAAAUAAAUGUGACUGCAAUAAGAAA